GAGCGUCCUGAUCCAAUGGCAGAUAUUUCGAGGAUACGAAUGCCGCCCAAGGGACGGGGGUGUCUAUACCCGGGCUCGAUCUACAACGGGACGCAAAAGUCCGGCAGACUUUCCUACGAGGUGACAGUAGAGAUCCUCAAUAUUGAUCUGAACAAUUCUCACCUCGAGGGCUAUCUCAAUAUCCGUGGUCUGACAGAGGAUUGGCCAGAAUUGACGACCUUUUUCACAGCAGAGAUCAUCGGCAAAGACCAUGGCUUUGUCACUGGGCGCUGGGGAGCCACAGAGGCGGACGACAUGAAGCACUGGAAUCGCUUCGGCCCUUUUAAGACGCUACAUCGCUCGCUACCAGAGGACAAGAUGAGGUUCAACCACCUCAAUAAGCCCUUUGUGUUCAUGCGAUGGAAGGAGCGGUUCUUGGUACCCGACUGGCGAGUGAGGGAUAUUAGCGGGGCAUCGUUUGCCGGCUUUUACUACGUCUGUGCUUGGCUGGGAGAUCCUUCUGAAUGGAUAGGCGGCAGCGCAACCCCAGUCUCUACGACGAUGGACAGUGGGCGCAUCUCGGCCUUCUACUAUCACGAAAACUCCGAGCCGUACCAGCAGCUCGACCUGCGACAUGUCGAGAAGAGGAGCUCAGAGGCCUUUGAGAUGCGCUAGGUCGGUCGGUACAAUGGCCCGCCGCGGAGCGAACCUACUCCCCGCUUGAGUUGCGCUGCUACCUUUUCUUGCGCUCCAUUACUCUGUUCCUGCCUGUUCUAUAUUCUUAUGUUUGACCAUUCCACUGUAAACUUGAUGUACCACCGCGCUGCGCUUGCUGCCUUCCCUCGUUCUUCUGGCCUCUCUAUCAUACUGCUAUUUUAUCCUCCUCGCCCGAAUUUAACGUACUGCCUACUCUUGGUCUCUCGAAUCUGAUGGUAGCGCUACCGUCCCUUCAACUGUCAAUGCCGAUGUC